UCUCCCUCAUACUCCCGCCCACUAACCAUCGCGGGAAUGACGACCCCAGCAGCUGCCUCGACUCUGCUCCUCCAAGACCCGAAGAAGAGACUCAAGAGGGCGAAGAGAAGGCUCAGGGGUGCAAAAAGCCUCCUCUCGACGCUCCCGGCUAUUAGAGGCAAAGAUCGGUGGUGCGUUCGAAAUGCAAAUUGGUCCAUUCAGAAACUGCGACCAUUAUUCGGCGCCGAGGGAAAUGUUAUGGCCGCCGGGACCACUGUGGCGCGCGGGUCCCCUUCACGCCAGCCAGCCAGAUAGAGAGGCGGCGGUUCUCGGCUCACUUGUACACUAUAAGACACAUAUACCGGAUGGGAGUCCACUGACGCUUCUUCUUGUUCGUGUUAUUUUUGUUCUUGUUGUUCUUGUUCUUCUUGGUCAUCAUCAUCUUUUUCUUCUUCUUCUUCUUUUUCUUUUUCUUUUUCUUCGCCUUCUUCUUCCUUCUUUUUCUUCUUCUUGACCUUCUUGCUUUUGUUGUUGUUUUUGCUCUUGUUUUUCUUCUUCAACUUCAUCAUCAUCAUCAUCAUCUAUUCUUUUCAUCUUCUUCGUCAUCAUUUUCAUCUUCAUUUUCUUCUUCGUUUGACCUGUAUCGCUUUGUGCCGCUUCGUAGGCCCUCCUUCUCCUCCUCCUCUCCUGAACCCUUCCCACGCACCCACCACACAGGAACCCGAACGACAGAAGAAAGGAAAGGGUCGGCGGUCCGUGGUCAGGGCGCCGGGCUCGUAAUGGCUUCAUUGGGAAUUCAUUCGCUAAAGUCCAAUCGAAGCCUCAUUUUGGACACUUCUCUAUUCUUUUACCACAAACUCUAUUGGGCGGCACGUCUGGGGCUUUGCACGGACACCUGCUAUCGCCAUUUGUCCCGAGGUGGCGCGGAAGUGACACUCUCCUGAUAAAAGGGUGACACGUUCAGACUAGGGUUCUUUGGCUCCUUGGGUCCUUGAGGAAGAAGUAGCACGUUGUAUUGGGCGGCAGAUCACAAAGACACCUGCCAUCACACUUUGUCUUGGUAUGGGGUCGAUAUUGAACUCAUAUGGUAAAAGGGUAAUAAAUCUAGUAUAGGAAAUCGCCUCAAUGUGUAAAAAGUAAGAGCUACAGGGGUGACAGGAAGCAGGAACGUGGUGACUGGAGAGCCGCGCGGGAGGCUGUCUGUGCUCUCUGGUCUGCUGGGCGUUCAGUGUGGGCCGAGCCGUGCAGCGCCCCGUGUCUGUGCCGCCCGCCGCUGAUACGCCCUCACACAGCCAGCGACACAGAGCAUUGCCAGAGCUUACACUUUGACGUGCCCGGAUAACAGACAAACCGGUGCACCAGUUAUACAAAGUGGAUAAUAAUGCUCGUGUAUCAAAUGUAGCCUAACUGGUGCAUUGCAGUGUGUUAGUGAUUUAAUACGAGGAUAACACAGAUAAUGAUUGAGAUAAGAAAACGUUUUGCUAACAGUUGAAUCCUGUGAUAUGUGUCAGGAAUUUUUCUUUUCUUCUCAACGCUGACUCUGCUCCGUGGCGCAGUGGCAGUUAACAUAAUGCGAGGGUGAUGGAGCGAGCAGAGGCACUUCACGCGAAUCUCAAGUCCUUGCCGCCGUUUAUGUUCUUGUGGCGGCCGGCGUGUGGCUGUCUGUAGGUGUUAGCAGACGUUGACCUCCUCCCCUAGACACUACCGUAAAACAAAUGUCACUUCUAGCUGUUUAGUGUUUGGAAAAAGUUCACAUGACACGAUUAAAACAAGGCGUGGUGGUGACUGGAUUGAAGGCAUUGGCUGGCGGUGACUUUACCCGAGGAGUGUCAUUCCUACCAGUGGUGUCUUAGCGUCGGCAAAGUGAAGUGUCUCAAGAAAUCGCCUGAAACUAUGACAACUUACAGUGGUCACGAUUACUGUGUCACACCUUGCCCGUCGUAUCUUUAGCGUGGCCACUGAACAUUCUCUCAAAAAAAGUCACCUAAAACCACAAAAAAACAUCCAGGGUGACUCGAUUACAGGGUCGCAUCUUGGCCACUGUCUCCCCGUCGUCGUUAAGGUCCCCAAAAUAACCUGAAACGACAGACCCCUCUCGCGGUGACUCAAUUACAAGGGUGGUCCAAACUCUGUCGAGGCGGCUUUGAAGUUCUGGGAUUACCCGUGUUUCCUCAGCGAACCCAAGAUUAGCCACGACCUCCCCCAGCGGCCAGUGUGUACCCGGCCCAGCGAAGGGGGCGCGGCGGGGCGUCAUGAGGCGGCUACUGGCAGUGGUGGCGGUGGUGCUGGCAGGAGCGGCCACCACCGGUCUGGCAAUUAAGAGAAUCCCCGUGGUGGAGGUGUCGGGUCUCCGUGGUGGGAAGGUCGAGCUCCCAUGUGACGUCUCCCACCCCCCUGGCGACGAGGUGCUGCUCCUCCUCUGGUUCCGGGAUCCGCUGACCACCCCGAUCUUCAGGGUGGACGAGCGACGCGGGGAGGAGGCGCGGUGGUGGGACGAGAAGGUGCUUGGGUCCCGGGCUGGGCUACGAGUGGGCACAGUAACGGCCAUCCUCAGCCUCACCGCCCUGACUCCCGCCGACCAGGGACUAUACACCUGCAGGGUCGACUUCCGCCUGCAGCCCACCAAGACCACGCGCGUCAGCCUCACCCUGGUCGUUCCUCCGGAGGGCGUGAGCGUGCUGGAGGGCGCCGGGGAGGGAGCGUCGCCCAGGAUCUCCUCCAGCAGCGUGGUGGGACCCUACCUGAGCGGGGAGACCGUCACCCUCACCUGUACUGCGCGAGGAGGACGCCCGCCUCCGAGUGUCGUCUGGCUGGGCAACGGCCGCCCCCUUGACACCAUAAUGGAGUCCCUCGCGACGGGCGGCACCAGCGAGGGUCAUAGCAGCUCUGAAGGGUUGAGUCCCGCCACGCAGAAACCAGCGCCGCCCGCCACGCUCCUCCUCACGAGGCCACAGAAAGAGACUGAGACACCCAGCACGGCCUCUCCCACGCCCACCACGGCCCUCCGCCCCUGGCCAGGCCUAGGAGGAGCAGCGACGCCCUACAACACCCUCACGCUGGGGCCGCUAACCCGGGAACACCUGCACAUGCGUCUCACCUGCCAGGCGGUCAACUCCAACCUGACGCGGCCCGCCUCCCUCACCCUCACCCUCGACAUGAACCUGCCGCCCCUGAGUGUGGUCAUCCAGGCGCCGGAGCCGUGGCCCCUCACCGCCGGCCGCGAGUACCUGGUGCUGUGCGUGGUGACCGGUGCACGCCCUCCCCCGGCCGUCACCUGGUGGUUCGGCCAUCAGCGGGUUCUCCAGUCUUCCAUUGAGACCUCAGACGACGGGAACGUGACGACCAGCAGUGUGACGCUUCUCCCGCACCCCGAGGACGACGGCUCUUUCUUGCGGUGUGUGGCCGAGACGCACGCCGCGCCCGCCACCCUGGAGGACACCUGCACCCUGACUGUCCACUACAUCCCCAAGGCCACGGCCAGGUUCGGGUCUUCCCUCAACGCCCACAUCAUCAAGGAGGGCGACGACGUGUACUUCGAGUGCUCCAUCAAGGCCAACCCGCGCGCCACCGUCGUCUCCUGGAGCCACAAUACACAUCAGCUGGUGCACAACGUGUCUGCUGGCGUGAUCAUCAGCAACCAGAGCCUCGUGAUGCAGCAGGUGGCGCGCGCCCAGGCCGGCCACUACGCCUGCCACGCCCGCAACGCCGUGGGCCGCGGGACCUCCAACACCCUCACGCUGGACGUCAAGUACGCCCCCGUGUGCUCGCCGGGGCAGGUCACCACCUACGCCGUGGGCCGCUACGAGGACGCCGAAGUGAGCUGCACCGUGGACGCCAACCCCGAGCAGCAUUCCUUCCGCUGGACGUUCAACAACACGGCCGACACGAUAGACGUCCCCGGCAGCCACUUCAGCACCUCCAGCGGCCACAGCGUCAUCACCUAUACGCCCAUGACGGAGCUGGACUACGGGACGCUGCUCUGCUGGUCCACCAAUGACAUAGGCAACCAGAGGGAGCCGUGCGUCUUCCAUAUUGUUCCUGCAGGCAAGCCUGAACCGCCGGGGAACUGCUCGGUGUUUGACGGCACGAGGACGUCGGUGCGGGUGCGGUGCGCGGCGGGGGGCAGCGGCGGCCUGCAGCAGACCUUCACGCUGCGCGCCAGCCUCCAGGGCAGCCUCCACGUCCUAAACCUGACGGCAGACUCGGCACCGGAUUUCCUGGUGGGGGGUCUAAAGGAGGGGCGCCAGUACCAGGUGGAGGUGCGGGCGCUGAACGAGCGGGGCCGCAGCACUGCCGCCCACCUCACUCUCACCAGCGCGCCAAACGGUUCAGUCUACCACCUACACGACGGACCCCUGGAGGCGGAGGUCCGAGACGGGGGACAGACGAUAGCUGGCGGCGGUGGCGGCGGCACGAGCAGCAGCGGCGGCGGAGGUGGUGACAGCGGGAGCUCCGGCCUCAACACAGUGGAGCUGCCGAGCUUUAUUUUGGGCGUACUGGGGGCGGGCUCCGGGCUGCUGCUCCUCCUGCUCCUGCUUCUGCUGCUGCUCACCCUCCGCCGGAAGAGGCUCCUCCCGUCCCGCCUCUUGUCAGAGAGUCAACUGCAUUCCGGAGGUGAUGCGGAGACGAGAUGUGGCCCUGACUCCGUGCCGGCCAGCCCCGACCACCACACCACCUGCCUGGAACGCGACGUGCAGGUGGAGGCAGAGAGCGACCCGGACCCGGACGUCAUCCCGCUGCAGGGAUCUUGCCGCGGCUGUGAGAUGGAGGCGGCGCCCGCUGCGACCCUUCUGCCGGCACACCACUACUCCUACACGGCCCUGCCCUCCACGGUGAGCAGCCCCAAGUACAGCGGGGUGGGAGCGGCGCCGUGCGGCCAGCGGAGUGACUUUUCAGGGCAGCAUCAGAGGCACCAUCCCGUCCACCACCACCACCACCACCUCCUCCACCACCACCCCUGUCUGCAGGACCCCUCCAUGUCUGCCACUCUGCCGCGGAGGAACCCCCUUGCCCCCGCCGCCCUCCAGAGUCGCUGUGCCUCCAUUGUCAACUUGCCUCAGCUUACUUUCCUGGAAACAGAGGUGGUCGGGCCACCGCCGAGGCAGUACGUCGCCCCGGAUAAAAAGCGCGUGUCUUUCGCUAGUCCUGUAAACUUCGAGGAGGACGCCCCAAGCACACCGCUACUCAGGAAGAGCGACUCCUCCGUGUGACGACAGAGUCCAGGGGGGGAUGCAUCCACGGAGCGGUACCAGUACUUCGAAGUGUGAGUGAGAAUAAAGCGAGGCGACACGUGACAGUGUGCAGCGUGGCGUGCUCGGUGGAAUUCUCGUGCAGGGUUGUGAAGGAGCCGCUCAACGCAUCCCUCCAGAUCAAUCAAUUUACAAAAGAACGCUAACUCGGCGCCCUGUGGUGCCUCUGAAGGUCCACUGCGCGGACCUUCGCCGCCAGAUCACCGUCGUGCCUUUCCCCUCAUAGCGACUUAUCAGUGUUCGUGUGUCUGUGUCCCUUCCAUCACGCAUCCACCCUUAGCCACUGAGCAAACGGACCCCAUCCUGCCUUGCGUUUAUACAUACAGCAUAUAUAUCAGGGUCGUUCCGGAGCAAGGAGUGCUACAUAUAUCCUGAGUAUUGAACCAGACAAUCAUUGGUUACUGAACCUUUGCACCUAAAAUAAAAGAACUUUAAGAAUGGAAGCUUUAUUUGUACUCGUGAAGGAGCUGCCAAAUAUCAAGUGAGAUGUUGCAAAAGUCAGUGAAGUGACGAGGCUUGAUAAAGAACAAAGAGUGCUUAAUGACGGUCAAACAUUUUAACGAAGAUGCAAGUAAGUAAAGAAAACCGACUUGUUUGGCAUUAAUUGACUACGCAAGGACCUUUGCCUGAAUAGAAACUGCGGCGAUACUGAAUAAGAUUUGCAAAAAAAGUGAAAGGGAAAUAUGUAGAAUUCUUGAAGACAUAUACAAAUAAGGAGUAACGACUUCAAACUUAUACGGGAAUAGUCACAGGAAGUUAGGCAGGGCGGCAUCAUAUUAUCUGAACUGUUUAAGGUAAGCUGGAAAACACUGGGCUGGAGUGUAAAACAAAGGUAAGCAAAGCGGAGGAAGGAAGGCAGUGAAACAUACUGAGAGGCUCUCGACUGUUGUGCUUGAAGUGAAAUGCGUUUAGUCAUGCGGAAUGAAUCAAACACUUGGCAAUUGACCAAGGCUCUGGAACAGAAACUGAGAAGUCCUUAUAGAGAGAUCAAUGCUUGAAAUCACUAUAAUGGAUAAGAAAAGACGAAAGUAGACGAGAUAAUACAGGCAAAUGGAAUCGAGAAAUGCAAAUGGUGUAUGAGGGAACGACAGAUAGACAAAAAGUGUAACACUUGGAAAUGACUGAUAUAAAAAAAUCCAGAAGAAAGUCGUUCACCAAAGGGCGUGAUGAUUUUAAAAGUAAAUGGAGAGUGUGUAUCGAAACUGAAAAUUAUAGACGCGACAGAAACGACAGGAAACGUUUGUUUUGGAACGAUGCAGGCUGACCACGACGAUG